AUAAUCGAAAUUCGAGUAAUUGAACGUAGAAUUUACGUGAAAUCAUAUUUGCAAAUUUUUUCGUAAAUGUAUUGAUCUUUUCAUACGUAUGAAUUUAUUUGUAUACAUAUAAAUUCGAGUUAUAUGUGCAAAGAAUUAGCUGUCUUUCUUCAGUAAUUUAAUUACACACUAUCUAUUUUAAUAUAAAAGUGCGUAACAUCAGAUGUCGUUGUCAGUAUUAUAAGAUUGCGCCACUGAGCAAAUGUGUAGAUGCAAGCUCUAUCUACAGUUUGAGUAAACUGUAUGUUGACUCGUUGACUGUUAUGGCUAUGUCCCACAGAAAAUGCGACGCUGAUCUCGAACUGUGAAAUGCAUUUAUUUGUAAGUGAACGAAAGCGGCGUGGAAGUUUUAUUUUAUGUGUAUUUCGAUAUUUAAGAUAACAAUGAGCUGGGAAAUCAGCUGUGCAGAUAUGUGUCGUGCGUGUAUGAAGGUCGAUGGCGUUCUUCUCCCUAUGUAUGAUGACGACACAAUCAGUCAAAAAAAUUUACCUGAUAAACUUGCUGAACUGGCAUCGAUACAGAUCGAUAGGUAUGAUGGACUACCAAACAUGUUGUGUGCAAAAUGUGCAUAUCGCACAGAUGCAUUUUAUGACUUCAAACUGCAAGUUCAAGCUACAGAGAAGAAACUUCGCAAGAUGUUUGAAACACAAAUUCAUUGGGCCAUAAAGGAAGAGAUAAUGGGCAAUGAUGUAGAUCAGGACUGUGCAGAACAAGCAAAUGAAUUGCUAGAGGUGAAGUCAUUCGAUGUCAAACAGGAUAUCAAGUCUAUGAACUCAGUAGUGAAUUCAGAACAGUUUCUAGCCAACGAAAUAAAUAUGACUGUUAAAGCAGAACAUAUGUUAGAAAUCGAUAUGUCUCAAUUAGUGGAAGAAAGUGAUGAAUUUCACAAAGCUGACUUGUCCAACUUAAGGAGUAUUCUUAUUUCGAAACUACCAGGAAUACAAGUCGAACAAGACAAACAAAUAAAGGGCGAGAUACCAAAUGAAAUUUCAAAAAUGCUCGAAUCUCAGCAUUUAGACUAUACAAUAAUGUACAUACCGGAGGAUGACGUUUCCUUGGAACAUAUGAACACCGAGAACGUACUUCCUUACGAAAUAGAAAAUACUAUUAAAUUCGAGGCUGACAAAAAAAUUCUUAUAGAUGAUUGCAACGAGGAAAUCUUGAAUGAUUCACAAGAUAACGAAGACUUUCUGGAUACCGUUUACGAUGAAAAAUUUGAGAAUACACAAGAUAGUAAAAAAAACCAAGACAAACAGUCUUGGAAGUCUUCAAACCCGGAAAAGAAUUCGAGGGAAAAAAUAAACGGACGAAGCAAACGAGAAGUUUCAUUAGAAUUAAAACCACAGACGGAAGAGAGCGACGACUCCGAUUCUGAUUACUUUGUUGACCCGAAAGACAACAUACUGGGUAGUUUGAACGAUACAAUUACUAGAAUAAAGGAGAUAAAACUCGAAGAUAAUACGAUACAGUACCAAUGCACCUUGUGUUUACAAAAUUAUGAUAAAUUGACUGGUAUUCUAUUGCAUACUAUAGAUAAUCAUGUACCGAGCAGUGGGCCAUUCUUUUGCGUAGUAUGCGAGAAAGAUUGCGAGAGUCAUAGAGACCUGCGAGCACACGUGAAAACACACACAGGUCAGUUUCCGUAUUCAUGUUUCAUAUGCAACAAAGCUUACACGAUGAAGAGGUAUCUAAAGAGGCAUAUGGUGUGCCAUACAGAUUUUCCUAGACAUCGGUGUCCGAAGUGUGGUCUCAGAUUCAAAGUUAAAUCCGAGUUAGAAUCGCACAUCUCAACGCAUAUACGUGGCGCGCCUUACGCUUGUAGCCAAUGUCCGCGAUUAUUUAAUCACAAGGGCAAUUACAAGCGACAUCUGAUUAGUCAUUUGGACCCGCAAGGUCUUCAUCUGCCUAAAUAUCCUUGUAAAGUUUGUGGGAAGAGAUUCCUGAAUAAUCGCACUUUGGAUACGCAUAUGCGUGUUCAUACAGGUGAAAAGCCGUUCAAAUGUGAUGUCUGUGGGAGGUCGUUUUCGCAGCAAGGCAACUUAUUGAAUCAUGUGAGAAUUCAUUCGAAUCCGCGAAGUUAUACGUGUGAGGUCUGUGGGAAACGAUUCAAUCAAAGAGCCACAUUAAGGGAUCAUAGCCUUCUCCAUACAGGAGAAAAACCGUACGUUUGUAACGUCUGUGGAAUUGCGUUUACCUUCAGUGCAGCAUUGAGACGUCAUAUGUGGACUCACACUGGUGGGAAACCGUUUGGAUGUGAAAUUUGUGAUGCUCGUUUUGUGGGUAAAUACGAUUUAAGACGUCACAUGAGGAUACAUACUGAUAGGCCUAGAACAAAACGGAGGAAAAACACGAUUAGAGUGGAUGAUGAUGAAGACAAGGGCAAUGAGGAGAACAUUGCGAUCUCUGAGCAUCCUGACACAGAGACAGUCUUAAUUGAACAGGUCUUCCUGACUCAGGAUGUCACACAAGUUGUACGUCAACAAGAAUCUGAGAAAGAAAAUGUUGAUGCUCUUUUUAACCUUAUACAAUAUGGUUAAUAAUAGCAGUCCUUGUAUCUCUUAUCAUAUGCACACACCAGCACUGGUUUUUAUUUAUAAACGAUUUUUGAUAAUCACGUCAAUUAGACCGGUAAUCGCCUGAAAAAUAUGAAUAGAAUACCGGUUAGUAUCCUCAAUCUACAGACGCUAUAUUGAUGUUUUCAAUUAUUACAUUACCAACAAGUGUGUGCGGUAUAAGAAGUAUCGGGAAAGAUUCUUAUUAGGUAAUAAGAGACACGUGUACUUCUAUUUCAGUUAGAAUGUCAAUUUAAAUAUAUAACACAACUAAGGAUAUUCGUUCUGAUUAUCUAGAAUGAUUCGAGUUACUUUCUCAACUUCAAAACCAUUGCAAAACUGUUGGCUUUUUUCAGAUGUAGGAAUGGUCGCAUGUGGACUAAUAGAAAAGUAUUUCUGCAAAAUAAUAUUCACACACACUUGCAUAUUAUACAUCGAAGAAAUUCCAAAACAGACUUGGAAAAGUACUUACUCGAUAUAACUGAUCAUAAGAUUCAAUAGAACCAAACGUAUUAUAGAACAGUAUCAAUGUGCAGAAACUUCUGCUUAGUUAAUAACGUAUACAAUAAGAAAGUGAAAAUACAGCAAUGCCUCAAUAAAUUAACAAAUCUAGCCCGAAAUGAACGGAAAUUAUAAGCCAUCGAGUCGCUUGUAGCUACAUAGUCAUCCUUUUUUACUGCAGGAUGGAACCUAAUAUUCAUCAAGAAUGGAAAAUCAGAUAUACUCAAAGUAACUGGGAAACAGUAGUAUUGUACAUAAUGAUAGAUUUCUUAGAAAUUUCUAUGACAAUAGAAUAGUGCUAUAUGCGGUAUAAAAGUUUAUUUCUAAUGCGAACUUACACGAUCAAUUAUGUGUUGUAUUAAGUUACAGCAUUCGCUGUUUAACUAAUAACAUUAAAAUAUUUGAACAUUAUCACCUUUACGAAUAGACUGCAGAUAUUUAUGCAAAAUAAACAUGUUUGAAACAUGUAUUUCACUUACCUAUUUUUGCUAUAAAUGCAUAAAACCCGCAAUCUAUUUAUGAAUCCUGUUAUUCUGUUAUUGAAUAUUUUAUAAAAUUCUAAUGAAAAGUACGGAAAUAUUUUUGAAAUUUAGAGGAUUCGGCUUUUUAUUUCCGAAUAGCAACUAUUACCGUCCGAGCAAUGUUUUUUAGUUCCAUAGUUUGCUGUUUGUAAAUAAAGCAUCAAUGAAAAAUUCAAUCAAUAUUGUUUAUUAUAUUUUGAUCAAAUUAUUACGGAUAGAUUAUUAGUUCCUUAGAUUAGAACCAGUUCAUACAGGCUGCGUUGCAAACUGUUUUCAAUUCAUCAUUUUAAUUACUAUUAAAUAAUUGUACAUUGCGUGUAAUUAAUAGUUGUUUAAACAACGACGCGUUUGAUCUGAUCUCUGGAUAAGGAUAAGGACCGAAAACGCUUGCCACAUUCACAGGAACCGCACACGCCCAUCCAGAAUUGCGAUCGGCUCCUCGAAAAUCCGUUCCAUCUCAUUCCAAACAGGUACCACGCACCUUCCGCACAGAGGACAUUCUACCUAAUAAUAACUAAUGACUAAUACAUAAUAAUGUAUUAUUGGUCAACAGACAAAAGGGAAUCAGGGUCAGGAGCAGCGUUGCUAGUACGAACCCCUGCCCUUCCCCGUCGCGCCGGCAUGUGUCCGCUUCCCCACUUCUCCCGUCGAGACCAUCUUAUCGGACUACCGGGCGGUUGUAGUUCUUUUCUACUACGCGACGCGGCUUUCUAGGUGCAUCACUUCACGGCCUUACGUGAAGAAUCGGUUCUGUACGGGCACCCGUUGCAGUCCCGGCGGGAAAAGUGGGAGAAGCGACGGGCCUCUCAGCGCGGCAUAUGUUAGCAAUACGGGAAAGGGCAAGGUGUUGAAAGUCGAUGGUACGCUAUCCCGUGGCAUCCCUGAUCGGGAGACCACACAUCAUAAACCAGCCGGGCGGAAUCUUUGCAAAAGUGAUGAGCCUCGAGUGUAAUAAUCUUUUAAUAAAACUUUGAUCAAAAUAUCGAAGAAAUUUUGAAGUCUAUUCGGAAUUUAUUCGAGAUAGAUGCGUUCGACUUUUAUGAGGCAUUACUGUACGAAAUAAUGUUUUUAAGUACGUAUGCGAUUUUAUCGGAUUUUAAUCUCUAAUGAAAGACUAAAUGCGAUAGAACAUAUGAUGAUAUUGUACAAGUCACAUAUCUCCAUCUGCAAUCAGAUGAAAAUUUAUGAAUAAUUUUGUAUGCGUGCCUCUAAUUCAUUCUUAAUUUGAAGUGAAGUGAAUCUUAUGAAAAAUUGUAAAGCCAGAUUUUAUAGAUAUUUAUUUUUAGUUAAAUGAAAAGUGUAUACUAAUUUCCCUUUUUUGCUUUCAUUCUCAAUUAUUUUACAGUACAUGUAAGUGUUUUAGAUAAAUUUAAUAAUUUCAAAAUUUUCAAUUGCGCAGUACCUGAUGUUUGUAAUUUGCAUAUUUUUUUACGACUUUGUAAAAAUUGAACUGUGUAAUCAAUUUAUAAAUACAUUUUGUCGCAAUAUAUUUCAGUAGAACACUCUACGUAAACAUAAGUCAUUUGUCGAAUGAGUGGAACGGGGAACUUCUAGAAGGCGUUAAUUAAUUAAAAAGACGAAAGUAAAUGAUAAUGUAAAACGCGAUAAUGAAAACUAUUUAUAUUAUAUAAUACUUAUUUAAGUAUAAAUAGUAACAAAUAAGUGAAAUACCAUAAAUUAUAAUGUAAAAGUAUAUAAAUUAAUUCUUUAAUAAUAAUUAAGUUAUACAUGUCCAUAAUUGAUUCCUUUUCUUGUCAAAUAAAAUAAAUGUUUUAUACCGGCAAAUUACAAUAAAGAAUUAUUAUGCGAACAAUA